AUGAACAACAUAAAUAGAGACAAUGAUAAUAAUACUUUGAUUACUGUAGAAACAGACGAACCUGAUCGGGAACGAUUGGAAAAAAUGUGUGAAAACGGAUUUAUUAUUGAUAACGUCAUUAAAAAGCCACCUGAACAAGCAUUUGAAUUCAAUGUUAAAACGCUAAAUAUAAAAGAAGGAUUUUACGAAGAAACACUUGAGUGCCAUGAUAAAAUAGAAGAUCUAUGCAAACGGAAUCUAAUCACAUCUGCCAGUGUUUCGGCUGCUACUCCAUGGUUGCCCUUGUUCUUGGAAGGAUCGUAUGAAAACUCUAGUAGUAUGGCUAGGUCGCGUCAGAAAAUGACAAAAUAUACGGUUGAGAAACAUUUGAAGGCAGAAAUAAAAAUUUCAGAUGUGAGAUUAUCAGAAAAAUUUGUGAAAGAAGUCAAAGCUGCUUUAGGAGAAGGCAAAAGUAGAAAUAAAAAUGACAUGAUUCAAAAAUUGCGUAAAAUUACGGAAAGAUAUGGUCACUUCUAUGCUAAGCGUAUCGUUUUUGGAGGAGCUAUCGUAAAAGGUAUAACGAACGAAAGAAUAUCAAAAAAUAGGUCUGAAAAUCAGAAAUUCAGCAUAAAAACAUUAAUUGGAUCUUUUAUGGGUUCAACUAUUACGAGAUGCAAAGAGAAGUCUGAUAUCGAAGUCAAUUCAGAAAUAAAGUCCAAUUCCCAAAUUUUUGGAGGCAAUAAAUACGAUCCCAAUAACAAAAGGUUGUGGGUCAAAUCCCUUGAAGAUCCAAAAAAAUGGGAAAUUAUAGGCUAUGAUGAAAUUUAUCCGAUAUUUGAUUUACUAGAUGAUGAUUUAAAGAAAGAGAUUCUAGAAAUAUUUGGUCAAAUAAUUCGUGAUGUGAAUACCGAGGAUAUUCAUUUUGAAAUGAACAUAAAUGACAACAUUCCUUUUGAAUUUAGACUACACGAAAAAUUGGAGUUUUCAGCAAAUAUAAACCAAUACAAGAUUUAUACAUCGAUUAUGAAUAAAAAAGAAAAGGACAUAUUUUCUUUGCGCGUCCACUAUUAUGACGAAUAUUCUCCAGUUAUAUUUAUCCAUCGGAUUGACUGUUCCGGAAAAAGCAACGAGAAAUCUAGUGAAAUUGUGAUGCAAGAAUUUAACAUUCAAAUUGGUUGGAUAAUUUUUGGGUACCCUGAAGAAUUAAACUUUGGUCAAAUUCAAAAUCAUAUGACAUUUUCGAGUUGGAAUUUAAAUCGCGAUCGCAGCAAAGAGUACUUCUAUAGGCCCCCAGAAUUACCCCGAGAGCCUUCUCAUGGAUCGUGCAUAUUAUCAACAUGCAUCUCAAAAUCGUUGGAAGAAAAUACUGAAUCAUCCUCCACAACAAAAACUUCGUCAUUUGAUCAUUCUAAAACUACGAUUAUUACUAGCUUACACCUUUCACUGGACGAGCACUCC